AUGGCCCAGGGUAUUAUGAGCUCUACAGAAGGAGCACAUGCUCUAGGAAGAGACCUACUAACACCAUCCACAGAGACCAGAGAAUCCAGCCUCAAAAUUGAGCCAGGCUUCUUGCCAUCCAAGGAUGUUACUAAUUCAUGCGUAUUUCAGUUUGACAGAGUUGUUUCUGACAAUUUGAAGGAUAGAGUUAAGGCAAAGUUGGCAUUCAAAGGCCACUUGCACACAUACAGGUUUUGUGAUGACGUUUGGACCUUUAUAAUCAAGGAUGUUAACAUCAAGCUGGAUCAGAACGAGUCCGUUACCGUCGAUAAGUUCAAGAUUGUGGCAUGUAAUAGCAGACGGCCUGGUGAAACUUGA